GCAGACUGGACACAGAGUGAAGAGUUGCUGCUGUUUAACAAAGCUACAGAAAGAGAAGAUCAACAGACUGGCUGCAAACUACCACACUGGAAUUACAUGCUACAGGUGGGGACAAAAAAUGGAACAAGUAAACCUUACAGACAGCUCAGGGAGAAACUCCACGGACUGUCCAUCCAUUGAUGACUUUCGUAACCAGGUUUACUCCACCUCCUACUCCAUCAUCACCGUAUUAGGCCUAGUUGGGAACGGCUUUGCUCUGGUGGUGCUGAUCAGAACUUACCGCCAGAGCUCACCUUUUCAUGUCUACAUGCUGAACCUGUCUGUGUCAGAUCUCCUGUGUGUCAUGACCCUGCCACUGCGAGUUCUUUACUAUGUCAACAAGGGUCAAUGGAACCAAGGGGACUUCCUCUGUCGCAUCAGCUCCUACACUCUCUAUGUGAACCUUUACUGUAGUAUUUACUUCAUGGCUGCCAUGUCUUUCACUCGUUUCUUGGCCAUUGUCUUCCCAGUCCAGAACCUACAGCUUGUGACAGAGCACCGUGCACGUCUGGUGUGUGCUGGUGUGUGGGUGUUUAUCUGUCUUUUAUCUACACCCUUCCUGAUGUCUGGCCAGCAUUUUGAUUCCACCACAAAUAAAACCAAGUGCUUUGAGCCUCCAAAAGGUCAAGGUGUGCAGAAACUAGUUGCUUUGAACUAUGUGUCUCUGGUGCUGGGUUUUGCUCUGCCUUUUCUAGUCAUCCUCAUCUGCUAUGCGGGCAUAGUCCGCACCCUGCUGUCCCGCAACCAUGUUACCAGGCGUCAGCGGGGCACUGGCACUAAAGCCAUCAGAAUGAUUGUCAUUGUCCUGUUAACCUUCCUAGUCAGCUUCAUGCCUUACCAUGUGCAGCGCACCAUCCACCUGACUUUUCUGUCUCGGACAGACACCACCUGCUCAGAACGGGUUGCCAUGCAGAAGUCUGUUGUGGUGACACUGUGCCUGGCUGCAGCCAAUUCCUGCUUUGACCCACUGCUGUAUUUUUUCUCUGGAGAGGGUUUUCGUAGACGUUUGUCCUCCAUGCGAAAAUCUGUGAAGAACAGCACCCUGCAGCGUAAAGACAGACAGAAAGCUGUCACAGGCCCAGAGCCCCAAGAAACCUACCAGCUGAAAGACAGUUAA